GAUCACAGCCUCACAGGCAGAACAAGGGCACGGUUGGCUACCGUGGAGCGUUUCUCCUGACAAAAUAUCACAGAGUUCCAAGCCCCGGGUUCAUCAAAUAGAUGUCUUGUUUAUCUUUUGAUCUUUUUUCCCUCAGAUAUAAUCUCACGAACAAGUUGAGACACGCUCAAGCUCAACAGUGUCAGCGUGUAGCGAGUAAUUGUAGUCCUCUAAACCAUUCAUUAUACCCAACGCAGCUGGUAUACAAUGAUGGCUGCAAAUGGUUUUCAACAAGCUGAAAUACAGACUACAGAAAAAGAGAGCGGCGAGAAACCAGACGAGCAUUGGCCAGCAGGAUCAGAGAAUACUGUGACUUCACAAGAUGAAGUCAAUGAGAAGGCUCCAGAUCCAGAUGGGGCAGUCAAUGCGCGGCUGAAUGACUCAAAUUUGCCCCAGAAUUGGCCUAUCCAGAAAAAGUUCUUCAAUAUGGCGGUUCCCUCAGUUUUGUGUCUCGUGAUCGCCCUCGGGGCUUCUAUCUGCACUCCAGCUGUCCCAGACAUCAUACUCGGCUUUGGUGUUUCCGAAACCAUUGCGCUCAUCCCUCUCACGACUUACACGCUAGGCUUCGCCUUAGCACCGAUGCUCAGUGCACCAAUAAGUGAGAUUUUUGGUCGGAUGGGAGCAUACAAAAUUACACCUCCACUUGUCGCGUUAUUCAGUCUCGGUGCAGGCUUCUCACCUAAUAUAACAGCUCUCUGUAUUCUCAGAUUCUUUGCUGGGUUCUUCGGAGGUGCCAGCCUGCCAGUUGUUGGUGGGACGGCGGCGGAUCUGUUUCAUGCGAAAGAUAGAGCUGUUUCAGUGACAUUCGUCAUGUAUACUGCGUUUCUAGGCACAGCCCUCGGCCCUUUGAUAGGCGGCUUCAUAACGCAGCGCCAUCACCAAUUUGCAACAAUCGAUGGAUGGAAAUGGUCCCAGUGGGCUCUUGCCAUCAUGAUGAUCGCAUCUUGGAUUCCAGUGUUUCUACUUGACGAGACAUACCUGAAGGUUAUCCUCGCUAGACGGCAAAAGAAAGACGAGAAGCAGAACAGUUUGCCAGACACACCAAAGCCACCUGCCUCUCAAUUACUGCUGCGUGUGAUAUUCAUUACGCUCCUCAGGCCAACGAAAAUGCUGAUGACAGAGCCGAUUGUCGCACUCACUUCUUUGUAUGCCGCUUUUACCUUCGCUGUCAUUUUCACAUUCUUUGCCAGUGUACCCUAUGUAUAUACCCAGGUCUACGAUUUCGAUCGCGGCAAUACAGGCCUAGUCUUCUUAGGCGUAUGCAUCGGGUGCACCCUUGGGGUCCCUACAAUGAUCUUUUUAGAUAAACGUUUCUAUCAAAAAGCAUGGUCCAAAAUAGAAAGUGAGGGAAGAACUGGCAGGGUGGCACCUGAGCAGAGGUUAUUGGCAGCAAUGAUAGGCGGUUUCGGUUUGCCAAUUGGUUUGUUUUGGUUCGGCUGGUCCGCCAGGGAAGAUGUCCAUUGGAUCGUCCCUAUUAUUGCCACGAUCCCUUGUGCAUGGGGCAAUCUGUGCAUAUUUACUAGCAUUCUUCUAUAUCUUACGGAUACUUACGAAGCUCUUACGGCCGCAUCUGCCAUGGCUGCUACCGGUUUACUUCGUUAUUUUUUUGGCGGUACUUUCCCGCUCUUUAUUACACACAUGUAUAACCAUCUCGGUAUUGGCUGGGCGUCAAGCUUACUAGCAUUCUUAUCCAUACUCCUGAUUCCUAUUCCAUGGAUUUUAUAUAGGUGGGGUCCAAGAAUCAGGGCUGCUAGUAACCUUGAGACAAUUAGAGUAGUAGAAGGAGAUACGGAAGAGGCUUAGAUAUGCCAAGAGCAAUCCUAAGCGUUGUCAGUCGAAAAUGAGAGUCGUGGAACCACUGAAGUGGGGGUAGGUGGGGCUGGUGCCCACCGCCUUAAACUGAACGUCUCAGGGAUCGAUUAGGCUUACAAAGUCCAUGACUUCAGGCUUAUUAGAAUUUCAAAAUGUUCAAUCAUAUCUUGAAAUAUAAGAAAAGCUAUUUUGUCUAUAUCAAUAGAUUUAUAAUUGAUGGAUUCGUAGAAACAAACGAAGUAGAAAAGUACUAAUGUAUUAUAUAAUUAUAUAUCUAUAUAACAGGUCA